AUGAGUAGCUUGUGGCUGCAACAGAGUUCUGAUGAGGAAGAAGUUCGUCAUGAAGUCUCCCAGAAGAUGGGUGCAGUGCCAGAACCAGAUGAACAGUCCCAGAAGAUGGGUGCAGUGCCGGAAACAGCAGUGGCAGUUGAAAUGUCACCCGGCCCAAAACCAGGAGCUUCAUCCCAGUCCGGGUCGCCCUCCUCGAAAGCCACAGUCAGCCCGAGGCAGCAGAAGUUGGCAGCUACUGCUGCUGUGAAGGUGGCAGUCCGAGUGAAGACAAAGUCAAAGCCAAAGGUGGCUGCUGAUGAGAACAACAGUGCGGGACGAGGCAAGGACAAGCAAACACGUGCCAGCCGUGGCACUGCGAACACGUUCGCCGGCAACAGGCCGCCCAAGGAUCCUGUCUUGCGUGAGCAGUUCAUGGCCAUUCGUGACGCCUAUUUCCAGGAAGUUGCAAAGGACACCAAUGGAAAGCGGAAGAAAGGCACAUCCACGAACCAAGACAGCUUCCUGAAAAGCAUGCGUGGCCAUCUCAGUGCAGACAAUCGUCGUGAUGUGUCUGGCCAGGAGAAGUUUCGAGCGGCCUUGCAAGCAUGGAAAGAGGGCAAAGCUGUGCCAGAAUCGGAAAGGGCAAAGAAGUCGAAGCAAGAGGCUUCGGGAAAUGCCGCAAAUGAGGCGCUGGGUGAGCCCAGCGGAGCUGAGCCCAUCGGAGAGAAGGAAUCCCAGUGUGCAGUUGACGAGCCGUGUGAGAGCCAGCAGUGA